GACUCGCCAUUUUGUUUCGGGUGAUGGCGACUGUGGUGCUCUGGAGCUGGGGAGUGUAGUGCGGGCCCGGCCUGCGGGGGGACUCGCUUCUCGGACAGUUGUUGUUACUGUGAGUUCCCUCCUCCUCGCUGCAUCCCCUGGUGAUGUACGGAGGGGCCGGAGGUUCUCGCCGGACCGCAGAAGAAGCAGGCCCGCCGCCCCUAAUGUUGUUGUCAGGCGGGGGAGCGGCCCCCGGGCCCCCCGGAGGAGGUGGAGGAGGAGGUGGAGGUGGGAAUAGCCGUGUGGAGCUGCUGGUGUUCGGCUAUGCCUGCAAGCUGUUUCGAGAUGAUGAGAAGGCUCAGUACCAGGAGCAGGGGCGACACCUUAUUCCUUGGAUGGGAGACCCCAAGAUCAUGAUCGAUAGCCAAAUGGCUAGGGGCCGAGCCUAGCCAUGAUUUUACCUGCAAUGGACGCAAGUUUCUAUGGUGAAGAUAUCUCCUGAGAGUUCGGGACUAGCAGAAAGAAGCGAGGAAAUUUCGACCGUUUGGUUCUUACGGAUAGGUAUGAUGGACGUGGUCACCUGCAUGACCUUUCUGAAUAUGAUGCUGAAUAUUCCACGUGGAACAGAGAUUAUCAGUUGUCCGAAGAGGAGGCUAGAAUAGAAGCCCUCUGUGAUGAAGAGAGAGGAGGAAUACAAAAGACUGAGCGAAGCUCUGGCAGAGGAUGGUACCUAUAACGCAGUGGGGUUCCGUUAUGGCAGUGAUUAUUAUGACCCUUCAGAACCCACUGAGGAGGAGGAGCAUCAACCUGCGAAACAAAGAGAAGCGGCUCAGACAGAAAAUGUAGAAGAAAAUGAAGAACCUUUUGUGGCCCCUCCGGGACUGAACGUACCUUCUGAUGUGGAGCUGCCACCAACAGCAAAAAUGCACGCGAUUAUAGAGCGAACUGCCAACUUUGUCUGCAAGCAGGGAGCACAGUUUGAGAUCAUGCUAAAAGCCAAGCAAGCACGCAACUCCCAGUUUGACUUCUUGCGAUUUGAUCACUACCUCAAUCCCUACUACAAAUUCAUUCAGAAGGCCAUGAAAGAGGGACGAUACGCUGCUCCUUCUGAAAAUAAAGCGGACGAGAAAAAACACUCGAGAGUCAAAUCUGAGGAAGAAGAGGAUGAUGACGAUGAUGAUGAUGGAAAUUACCUGCAUCCGAGUCUCUUUGCAUCUAAAAAAUGCAGUAGGCUUGAAGAGCUCAUGAAGCCUCUGAAGGUUGUGGACCCCGACCAUCCCCUCGCAGCGCUGGUGCGCAAAGCGCAAUCAGAUAAUAGCUCAUCCACCCCCCAGUCAACAGACGGGGCAGCUGUGCAGACAUCCCAGGCAGAAUAUUCCUCUGAUUCAACUGUGGCAGCCAUGUAUUAUAGUUACUAUAUGCUGCCCGAUGGAACCUACUGCCUCGCGCCUCCACCUCCAGGAAUAGACGUUGCCACGUACUACAGCGCGUUGCCCGCAGGGGUGACGGUAUCGAGCGCUCCGGGGGUGGCGACCGUCCCCCCGCCCCCCGGCACGACCCCCCCGCCUCCCCCUGACGCCAGUGACAGCAGCACCGGCCUGACUCCUACCACAACCUCCACAAGCACAAUUACUCCGGUGGUUGCCAUUAUACCUCCACCCCCAGAUAUCCAGCCUGUCAUUGAUAAGCUUGCUGAGUAUGUUGCUAGGAAUGGGAUAAAAUUUGAAACCAGUGUUCGUGCCAAGAAUGAUCUCAGAUUUGAGUUCCUGCAGCCGUGGCACCAGUAUAAUGCUUAUUAUGAAUUUAAAAAACAGUUCUUCCUUCAAAAAGAAAGCAAUGACAACUGUCAGGGAGUAUCCUCAUCUGAAGAUGUUCCAGCAGAAACUGCCGGGGACACCUCCAGUGAGCCUCAGUUUACAGAUGAACAUGCACCCGAAGAUGCGUCUGAGCCAAGUGCUAAGGGACUCCCAGGAACUAAAAAAGAUGUUCCUCCUAAAGCCGUCAGUGAUGGCAAAUUGGUGAAAGCAUCAUUUGCUCCAAUAAGCUUUGCAAUCAAGGCCAAAGAAAAUGACCUUCUUCCUUUGGAGAAAAACCGUGUCAAAUUAGAUGAUGACAGUGACGAGGAGGAAGAAGAGGGCAAGGAAGGCCAAGAGAACGCUCACAGUGCUUCAAACCACACUCCAGCCGUGCCCGCGCCUUGUGCUGCUGCUGAGGAGAAGAAGCCUCAGCUGACCCAGGAGGAGCUGGAAGCCAAACAAGCAAAACAGAAGCUGGAGGACAGAUUAGCAGCUGCAGCAAGAGAGAAGCUUGCACAGGCUUCCAAAGAAUCAAAAGAAAAGCAGCUACAAGCAGAGCGCAAAAGGAAAGCUGCACUGUUCUUACAGACUCUGAAAAACCCUUUGGCAGAGGCAGAAACAGAGAAAAUUGAAGAGAAUUUCAAUAACGAGAGUGUCAAUAGUAUACCCUGUCCUGUGGCUGCAGUCAGAGCUCUGCCCACCUUAGAAGUUAAACAAGCAGAAAGGCCUUCAAGCAAAGGCAGAGAUCCUCCUAGGGAUGAAGAGAAGGAAAAGAAAAGAAAAAAGCACAAGAAAAGAUCUCGGUCAAGAUCUCGAUCGCCGUUCAAGUAUCAUUCGUCGUCUAAAUCCAGAUCUAGAUCCCAUUCAAAAGCAAAGCACUCACUUCCCACUGCCUAUAGAACUGUCCGGCAUUCAAGGUCUCGAUCGAGGUCGCCCAGGAGGCGGGCGCACACCCCCGAGAGGCGGCGGGACGAGCGGAGCGUUCCCACAGCUUAUCGCAUCAGUAACAGUCCUGGGAACAGCAGGAAGCGCCCGCGGUCCAAAAGUCCCCAUGAAAAGAAGAAGAAGAGGCGGUCUAGGUCACGUACCAAGUCCAAAGCUCGGUCUCCUUCACCAUCCACGUCACCGGGCAAACCAUCCACACACAAAAAUUCUGUACAUUCAGCUAGUGUCUCUCCUGUGGAGAGCAGGGAAUCCAGCCAGGAACGCUCCAGAGGAGUUUCUCAGGAAAAAGAUGGCCAAAUCUCUUCAGCAAUUGUGUCUUCAGUGCAGAGUAAAAUCACUCAGGAUCUAAUGGCCAAAGUGAGAGCAAUGCUUGCAGCUUCCAAAAACAUCCAAACCAGUGCCUCCUGAGACCCGUUCAACUGCCCCCCAGAAAUCGUGUGGAAAAGAACAAUUUUUUAAAGAACUGCCUCAUCUCCCGCGUACAGCCGAGCUCGGCUGCCCGCUCCGCAGCCCGUCUGCUCCGCAGCCCGUCCGGCGCCACCGGGACUGCGGGAGCUGAACCUUCCUGUACAGAAGCGUCUCCUUGAAAUUUCAUUAAACUUUUUCAGCCGGAAUAUCUUUGGAAAGUUUUUGGUUUUUGUAAAUUGAUUUUUUGACUAAUUCCUCAGUAACAUUUUAUGAUCAGCGGUCUAUAUGUGUAUAUUUGUAAAUAUCAUGUUUCUGUGAAAGAAGUAUUACACAAUAAUAAAGAAGGAAACAUCUUUCAUUA